UGGGAAACUCCCCUCACAUUCCCAUGACUGAUUGAGGGGGGGGGGAAAGAAAAGACAAUCUCACACAGCCUUGCUCAUCGGCCAGUCCGGACUCCGAGUGACCAUGUUCCUGCGCUGCUUGCCCCUCUUCCUGCUGGUGGUGGAAUGCAUCGCUCCGUGUGCCUCCAGCCGGUCGCCAGGUGAGAGGAGGCAGUGCGCUUUCCAGGUCUCACCGCAGAACAGCAAAUACCUGAAGGCGGGCAACGUGAGCGGCUCGGUGCAGGUGUGCGAGCGCACGGACUGCUGCGUGGGCUACUACAUUGCCGUCCACGGACAACUGCAAGUUGACGUCCUUGCUUGCGAUGUCACUGAAAAGUCUUGCCCGGAUGCCACCUGCGAGGCGCAGACGCGCUUUAACAAGCAGGUGGUGAAGUGUGUGUGCAGCGCGCACCUCUGCAACCGCAACCUCACCUGGAGCGAGGAGCCGGAAGAGCCGGUGCCCUCGACCUCCGUGGAUGAAACAUGGGUCAUCAUUGUUGCCAUUGUUCUGGUCCUGUGCCUGCUGGUUGUGGCCGUGCAAUUGAGAUGUCUCUCGCACCACAAAAAGAACCCCCAAGCUUCCCUUAGUAUCUCUCCAAUGUGUCCCUGUCAAACAAUGCACACGUCCCAGAUCGACGUCACCGAUGUUCAACUGCAGCAGAUCGUGGGCCGCGGGCAUUUUGCCACAGUGUGGCGAGGCACGUAUCAAGGAUCUGCGGUGGCCGUGAAAGUCAUCCCCGCCGCCGCGAAGCAUGCGUUCAUCUCUGAGAAGGAAGUCUACGAGCUCCCAAUGAUGAAGCACGCCAGCAUCAUCCACUUCCUGGGUGCUGGGAGAAGAUCGGACGACGGAAACUGGCUCCUUGUCUUGCAAUUUGCAGAAUACGGCUCUCUGCACUCCUUUCUGCGUCUGAACACCAGCAGCUGGCCAACAUCGCUCAAGCUGUGCCUGUCUUUAUCACAGGGACUCUCCUAUCUCCACUCGGAUCUGCACACCCAAGAAGGGCACAAACCGCCUGUGGCCCACAGAGACCUCUGCAGCUUCAACGUGCUCGUCCAGGCAGAUGGCACCUGCGCCCUGUGUGACUUCGGCAACUCCACCAUCCUGCGCUCACACUCAGGCCAUCGCCAAAUGGGAAACGCAAUGAGUCACGCUCAAACACCAGGCACCCUGUGCUACAUGUCCCCCGAGAUCCUGGAGGGUUCUGUAAACCUCAGCGGCUGGUGUCUGCACGGGGACAUCUACGCUUUGGGUUUGGUGCUCUGGGAGAUCUGCACGCGCUGCUCCGACUUGUUUGAAGACGGCGCCGUGCCGCAACACCUCCUACCUUAUGAGCGCGAGCUGGGCGGCCUGUUGACAUGGGAAAGCCUCACCGUCCAUGUGUCUCACAAGGAGAUAAGACCCUCCAUACCCGAGCAUUGGCAGCUGCUGAAACAGGGGCCAGCGCUGCAGGAUCUACUCAGAGAAUGCUGGGACUUGGACCCGGACGCCCGGCUGACUGCUGAGUGUGUCAUGGACAGAUUAGUCUCGCUUUAGUCACUUUAAUUGCAAAAUAUGUUUUACUUUUACUGAAGUAUUUUUGUUAAGAAGAAAUGCUACUUUUACUCCAUUACAUUGAACUGCAUUCCGAUCACUACUUUUAUUUUAUUUUUUAAAAUCUAUUAUUGCUUGUUUGAGCUAUUUAUUUUGGUUUGUCAGCGACUUCUGUCACAUGACUCUGUUUCACCAAUCCAACAAACAAACACUAGCGACGUUUUAUAUCAUUUCGCCAAUCAAAUGCAGCAUGGCAGUUAGUUACAUUACCGCACACAAAGUCUUCAAGUUUUCAAAGUGACUCAUUUAUGUGAAGCCUGGCAGAAAUAACGGAGGAAAAACAACAAUUUUCCUUAAUUCAUGUUAUUUUGGAAAUGUUUCAUUUAUUAUUCUUUUAUAUAAAGUGAUGUUGUUGGGCAAUAUCUGAAUUUGCACCUAUUUUAUAUUUUUUGUUUACUCUACAUGAAAUUCAUGCUCUGAUUAAAAAAAAUAACAAUAAAAAGUUUCAAUCCGAAAA